GCUGUCUGCUAUACAUCGCAUGCGUUUUAAUUGUGAAAAUGAUACAGUUUUAUUUUUGAAUAAAAACGUGAGAGAAUAUUACGUUUGAAGUUUCCACAAUUAUUAGUAUUUAUUGCAAGUUGUAAAUGAACGUAAAUUAUAUUUUAUUAUGUUCUGCCAAAUUACAACCUAGUAACUCAUACAGGAUAUUUAUAAACUUCGUAAAUAUUACAGAUUUAAUAACGAGUAUACAAUAUGUUACUACAAAGAAUUAUUUUACGGUCCUUAAAAUCUUUAAGAAUAAAGAAACUUGACUUAGAUACUAGAAAUCAUUCGAGUGUCAUUUUAAGUUCAAAGAGCUUCAAUUUAAAUUGUAACACAAUUCGUUUUUACUCGAAAGAAGCAAAUGCACAAGAUUCAAUCUGUAAUGUGGGUACUAUUGGUCACGUAGAUCAUGGAAAAACAACUCUUACAGCUGCCAUCACUAAGUAUUUGUCAGAGAAAGAUACAAAUUGCAAAUAUGUAUCUUAUGAUGAAAUUGAUCGAGCUCCAGAAGAGAAAGCUCGUGGCAUUACCAUUAACAUUGCCCAUGUAGGUUACAAAACUGAUAAAAGAAGAUAUGCUCACACUGAUUGUCCAGGCCACUUAGAUUUCAUUAAGAAUAUGAUCAGUGGAGCUUCUCAGAUGGAUGGAGCAAUCUUAAUUGUUGCUGCUACAGAUGGACCUAUGCCACAAACUAUGGAACAUUUGUUAUUGGCCAAACAAGUUGGAAUCGAACAAGUCAUAGUUUAUAUUAACAAAGCUGAUCUGGCUGAUGAAGAGAUGUUAGAACUUGUAGAGAUAGAAAUAAGAGAAUUACUAGAAAAAUAUGGAUAUGACAGUGAAAAUACUCCUGUGAUAAAAGGUUCAGCUUUCUUAGCUCUCCAAGGUGAUACUUCAAAAUAUGGAACACCAUCCAUACAAACAUUACUUGAUGUACUUGAUUCACAUCUUAAAACACCUCAGAGAGAUUACAAAUCUCCGUUUAUUUUACCUAUUGAUAAUGUAUUCAAUGUACCUGGAAGAGGAACAGUUGCUGUUGGAACUAUUAAGAGAGGCACUGUGAAGAAAAAUGCUGAAGCUGAAAUUAUGGGUUACGAUGAAACUACAAAAACCGUUAUCAGUGAUAUUCAGAUUUUCCAAAAAAGCGUACCAGAAGCUUUAGCAGGUGAAAAUGUCGGCAUUUUGAUGAGAGGAAUAAAACUCGAUGCGGUUCGCAGGGGAAUGUGGGUAUGCGCGCGAAAUUCACAAAAAUACAGCAAUCACUAUGAAGCUCAACUCUAUCUGCUAAGUACUGAAGAAGGUGGCAGGCAGAAACCGUUAGUGAAAAAUGGUUAUUGUUCCGUUCUGUAUUGUUCAACGUGGAACAUCUAUACACGAGUAGAUUUUGUAUUACCAGGAGAAACGAAUUUCUUAAUGCCUGGUGAACAAGCAACGGCAAGACUUACAUUACUUGACUGUAUGCCAAUGUUAGUAGGACAAACGUUCACAAUAAGAGAACAGAAAUGCACAGUAGCAACUGGUAUCAUUACUGCCGUUCACGAUCGAAUAAACUUCGACAAAAGAAAAAUGAAUAACAUAGUAAUUGCUGGAGUUACUAAUUAAAAUAAGUAGAAGUAUCAACGCUUGGAAAUGUUGAAUCACUUGUAUAUAUGAUAUUGUUGUAAUAUUUUAUUAAAAAAUCAACAAAUUUUAUUAAAAUCAAUGAAUGAUCAAAUUUUUUUUUAUAACUUAUAUCCUAAUGCUUUGAUACAGUGUCAAAAUAAAGGAUAUCUACUAUUGUAUUUGAUAAAAAUUUAAC